GCGAUGGCGGAGGAGGGGAAGGGGGGCGGGUACAGCGAGCACGAUGACCGCGUGGGCGGCCGGGCGUUCCCGGGGCGGCGGCGGAAGGGCCGGGGGCCGUUCCGGGGGAAGAUGUACAGCGAGGGGAGCCCCCGGGGCCGUCCCCGGGGCCGCGCCCGCCCCGAGGACGACGACGGCGACGUCGCCAUGGCCGAGCCGCACGACGGCCCCCGCGGGCGGUACGUUCCGUACGCGCCGCGCUCCGGCCGCCUGGCCAACAUCAACAUCACGGUGAAGCGCGAGCCCGGCGAGCGCGGCGGCGGCACCGGCCGCGACGGCGGCAGGAGGAGCUGGUUCAAAAUCACCAUCCCGUACGGGAAGAAGUAUGACAAGUCCUGGUUGCUCAGCUCCAUCCAGAACCUCUGCAGCGUCCCCUUCACCCCCGUCGAGUUCCACUACGACCACAACCGGGCCCAGUUCUACGUGGAGGACGCAACCACGGCCAGUGCCCUCAAACAGGUGUCCCGGAAAAUCACCGACAGGGACAACUACAAGGUCGUCAUCGUCAUCAACUCCUCGGCGCCGCCGCAGUCGCUGCAGAACGAGCUCAAACCCGAGGAGAUCGAGCAGCUCAAGCUGUGCAUGAGCAAGCGCUACGACGGCUCCCAGCAGGCGCUGGACCUCAAGAGCCUCCGCGUGGACCCGGACUUGGUGGCCCAGAGCAUCGACGUGGUGCUGAGCCAGCGCAGCUCCAUGGGGGUGGUGCUGCGCAUCAUCGAGGAGAACAUCCCCGAGCUGCAGUCGCUGAACUUGGGCAGUAACCGCCUGUUCCGCCUGGACGACCUCUCCGAGCUGCCCCUCAAGGCCCCGCGCCUCAAAGCGCUCGACCUGUCCCGCAACGAGCUGAAGUCGGAGCGGGAGCUGGACAAGGUGAAGGGGCUGAAGCUGCAGGAGCUGUGGCUGGACGGGAACCCCCUGUGCGACGGCUUCCGCGACCAGGCCAGCUACAUCAGCUCCAUCAGAGAGAGGUUCCCAAAACUGCUGCGCCUGGACGGGCACGAGCUCCCCCCCCCCAUCGCCUUCGACAUUGAGGCGCCGACGACACUGCCGCCCUGCAAGAGCAGCUACUUCGGCUCUGAUGACCUCAAGGCUUUGGUGCUGCGGUUCCUCCAGCAGUAUUACUCGGUGUACGACUCCAGCGACCGGCAGGGGCUGCUGGACGCGUACCACGACGGCGCCUGCUGCUCGCUCAGCAUCCCCUACGGCCCCCACACCCCCCCCAGGAACAGCCUGAAUGAAUAUUUCAAGGACAGCCGGAACGUGAAGAAGCUGAAGGACCCCACCAUGCGCUUCAAGCUGCUGAAGCACACGCGGCUGAACGUGGUGGCGUUCCUGAACGAGCUGCCCAAGACGCAGCACGACGUGAAUUCCUUCGUGGUGGACAUCUGCGCGCAGACGAACACGCUGCUCUGCUUCACCGUGCACGGCCUCUUCAAGGAAGUGGACGGGAAGUCGCGGGACUCGGUACGAGCAUUCACACGGAUGUUCAUCGCUGUGCCGGCCGGGAACAGCGGGCUGUGCAUCGUGAACGACGAGCUGUUCGUGCGCGGCGCCAGCCCCGAGGAGCUGCGCAAAGCCUUCGCCCUGCCCGCGCCCACGCCCUCCUCCAGCCCCGUGCCCACCCUGACGGCCGAGCAGCAGGAGAUGCUGGCGGCCUUCGCCAUGCAGUCAGGCAUGAACCUCGAGUGGUCCCAGAAGUGCCUCCAGGACAACGACUGGGACUACGGCCAGGCCGGGCAGGUCUUCACCCAGCUCAAGCUGGAAGGGAAGAUCCCAGAGGUCGCGUUUCUCAAGUGAACCUUGGAGAUCCCCGCCCCCUCCCCGGGCCCCUGUCCCAUGUUCGAGUCCUUUCGAUCCCCCCGAGUUUUGUAAAUAAACCGAUCAAUUAUUGAUUA